CAGGAAUCAAAGAGAAUCUGCCUAGCCAGUGAAACCAUUCCUAUAAUGAAAUGUUUGUCAGUGUCCUGACCAAAACUGUGCACGGUAAAGAGGGAUACUUAGAAGAAAGGGGGAACGAGGCAGCAGACUGGUAUCCCCCAAAGCGGAAAUCAAACACAGAAUGGCCUGCAUCAAGAAAGAAGACUGUGAGGAGGAGUCGGCCCACAUUAUACAAGAAGAUGCCUGGAAUAAACUGGAGGAUUGUGAGGAGCAGUCUCCUGGUUUCAAGGAGGAGUUUCCUGAUCACGUAUCCGUCAGCAUUAAAAUAGAGGAUUCUGAGCCUGUCCCAGUUAGUCCUGAAGUGCAGAAGAAUGAAAUGGUAAAGGUUUUAAAGGAACACGUGUCAUCAGACAGUGACUUGGGAUUGCAGGCACUUACAGCACUAAAAACUGAGAUGACCCAUUUAAGGUCUGCUAAGAGGGAAAAAUUCUCAUCUUGCCAGCAUUCCGUUCAGUUGAAGCCACCAUCGCUCGAGUCAAAGGGCAAAGUAACAAAGAAGAUAUUUCAUACUAGUGAAAAGAAGGGACAACAGUCCUCAACAAAGCACUCUGGCACAUCAGGUCUACAAGAUUCUGGCAGCUCCUUUUAUCAAUGUCCACAAUGCAGCAAGCAAUUCAAAGAUGAACAGAUCUUUCAGGUGCACCAGAGGAUUCACCUUGGAGAAAAGCCAUAUUGCUGUCCUGAAUGCGGUGAACAAUUUUCUCACAGCAACAGUCUUUUUCUUCACUCCAGCAUCCAUACUGGGGAUAAGCCUUAUUCCUGUUUGGAGUGUGGCAAAGGAUACUUAACCAGACAAGGACUUCGUCAACACAAAAAUUUUCAUAAAGGAGAGAAACCUCAUUGCUGUUCAGAAUGUGGUAAAUGCUUUUUGCACUCAAAUCACUUAAAGAGGCAUGAAAGAAUUCACACCGGGGAGAGACCAUAUUGCUGUACUGAAUGUGGCAAACGAUUCUUGUGUACAAGUAAUUAUAAGGAACACAGAAAAAUUCACACCGGAGAGAAGCCGUAUUCUUGUUCUGAGUGUGGCAAGCGAUUCUCCAACAGAAGUGGGCUUCAGCUACAUACGAGAACUCAUACGGGAGAGAAACCGCAUUGCUGUUCUGAAUGUGGAAUACAAUUUUCCAACAGGACCAAUCUUCAUUUGCACAGAAGAAUUCACACAGGGGAGAAGCCAUAUUCUUGUUCCGAAUGUGGCAAGCAAUUUUCCCAUUCAAGUGACCUUAAGAGGCAUGCAAGGACUCACACCGGAGAGAAGCCCUAUUGGUGUUCCGAUUGUGGCAAGCAAUUCUCUCAAAGAAGCAGUUUUCAGAGACACACACGGAUUCACACUGGAGAGAAACCUUGCCGCUGUUCUGAAUGUGGCAAACGGUUCUCAACAACAAGUGAUCUCAAGCGACAUAUGAAAACUCACACCAGAGAGAAGCCAUAUUCCUGUUCUCAGUGUGGCAAGGGAUUUUUGAGGAGAGGUACUCUUAAGAAACACCUUGGUAUCCACAAUGAAGAGAAUACUCACAGCUCUUUAGAGUCUAGCAAGUGAUUCUUACACACAACUGCUCAUGUGAACACAGAAACCAAGUAGAGAGACCGUGGGAGGUAAUGCAAGUGUUUCCUAACACCUUUGUGUAAAAGUAAAACAUAAAGAAUCUAACCAUUAAGCAAUGCACACACACUUCAAAACAGGAGGGAAAAAAUAAAUGUGUAUGUAGAACAUACACAAAAUGUACCCUUUGAGCAUUCCAUGAUUACUUCAUGAAUUUACAAUAUUGGAACUUUCACAAAGCACCAAUGAUCAGAAUCAAGAAAGGACGACACUUUGUAGGCUGAAACUGGAGAAAUGCAGACAUGAUGGCCUUCAACCUCUGAGCAGAAGGAGGUAAUGAUAAUUAAGAAAGCAGCAAAAAAGAAGAUGCAAGUGGCAACUUAAAAAAUUGUUCUGGUCUUGAAUAUCAGGCUCCUACUGGCCAAGAGCUGACAUAUGGAGGGAUUAAUAAACAACAAGAGGAGAGAGGCUGACUUUGAUUGCUCAGAACAGUGAUCUGCACACUGUCAGACACCAAGACAGGAAUAAAAACAACACCACAGAAAAUGAAUCUGCUUCCAGAAAAAUACCCACAUACUCAGCCGGUGGAGUGAUUUAAAUAAUUAGAGUCAAAUGGAGCCUGACUACUCCACAUGCAGAGCCAAAAGUAACGAGUGUGAAGCAGUGCGGUUGAAAAGAUUCACACAUGGAAUGAAAGAAAUGAAAUUGUUUUUAUAGUUUAAGAAGUCAGAAAAUGAUAAUAACAUUUUAUUUAUAUUGCGCCUUU